CUAUCUAUCCAUCUCUGAGAUGCUAAUAAGUUUUCUUAUAAUUGAUUUGUGGCAUCAGAAAUAAAUCAACUUAGUGCCUUGAGUGACCUGGAUUUGGGAGGCAAUGAAAUUGAAGGAUUUACAUCCUUUCAAGGUGUGUAUUAUUUUUAGAGUUAAUUACCGUUAUUCAUCUCAAUUACAGUCUCGUAAUUAACUACUGUCUUUUCAUCUCAAUUAAUAUACCUUCGGUUUGACAUACCAAGGUUGUGGAGGGUUUUCGCAAAAAGUUACAAAGAUUUGUUGUUUUACUGUCUAAUAAAGUAUCAUUUAAGUUCUCUGCCUUUUCCUUCGCAUACACUUUUGAUGAAUGUGUACAUAAAAAUCAAUUAAUUAAUGCUUACUAUAUAAAAUUAAAUAAACAGCUAAUACUCAAAUGCAUAAUGAAACACUUAUGAAAAGUGUAGGAAGUAAUGGUAAAUUAUUGGUGGCCGCCCAAAUAUGUCAUCAAUUUGAGAUUGAUUGAAAAGAAAAUUUUCGGCUAAAACAUGAUGUUUUAGAUUGCAAUUAUGUUUGCAUAUAUAUACGUAUCUAUCUAUGACUUAUGUUAUCUUAUAUUCAUUUUUGACAGGGUCCGAGAAGUUGCCAAAACUUGUUAAUCUAGAAGAUCUGGAUUUAAGAGAAAAUGAGUUAAGUAACGAUGUAUUGCCAUUUCUUAGCACACUUCCAUCGCUGAAGUAUGUGUAUCUUGAUAACAAUAAGCUAAAUGGAGUCAUUGACAUGGAUGGUAAGGAUAUACUAAUUCUAGCUAAUCAAUUUGUUUAUUAAGUCUAGAAAAUUUUCUUUCUUAUCAAUUAAAUUUUCUAGAUUAUAAUUAUUAUUAUUUUCAUUUGUUGCAUCAGAAUUAAAUAAGCUUAGAGGCUUGAGGGUGCUGAGUUUAGGAUGGAAUGAAAUAGAAGGAUUCACAUCCUUUCAUGGUAUGUAUUAAUUGUUACUAGAGUUAAUUAUGUUUUGUUAAUCUCAGUCAAUUACUAUCUAGUAAUUAAUUUUUUUUAUGAUACUAUGUAGGUAAUGAAGAUUUGUUGAAACUGGCGCAGCUGGAAGAAUUGGAUAUAUCUUAUAAUAAUUUUAGCAACAUCAGCUUAUUGAUCUCUACAUUCAAAGAGCUUUACUCUCUCAAAUAUCUAUCCGUGACAUCCAAAAACUUACUGGAAGGAUUAAUAGACAUGAAAGGUUAGAAAUAUAUACUUAACUCUUAAUUACCCUCUGCCCAAUAAUAAGUUGAUAAUAUUCUAAAAAAUUUCACUCAAUUAAUUAUUAUUAUGUAUGGUUUUAAUGGGUUGAUCUUUGGCAAUCAUUUUUUGGGUACUGGUACAGAAUUGCCUGCUCUCGCCGAACUACAAGAGCUUUAUCUAAGUGGGAAUCUUGUAGUGCAAAGUAUGUAUCAACUGCCAAAAUUAAGAGAAAAAAUUAUUUAACGAUUACUUCAUAUAGUUAAGGACUGAUGGUUUUUCCUUGUAUAUUUUGGUUCCAUGAAUCAACUGAUAUACCAAAGACUUGGCUGUCUUGAGCGAUUUAGAGUCGCUUUAUCUAUAUCGGAGUAGUCGUUUUGAACUUCAAGGUAUGUACAUACUUCUUGAUUUAUCAUAAUUAAAUUCACUUACACAAAUGAUUGCUUGUUGUCGUGAUUGUUUUUAUAAGCUACUAAUGGAUCCGAGGGGCCGAAAGGAAAGUUUGUCGUGGGGGUUCAAAUAUGAGAUCUUUCAUUUGAAAGUCUCAUUAGAUCAAACCCUCUUAACAUACAAUUUGAUACAUAUAUAAAAUUAGGACGAUCGAAGCUGAAGAAACUGAAAAGCUUAAGGAUAUCUGACUCCAUUAUACAAGGCAAUUUCUUUGAGAGUAUUGGGACUUGGAUAUCUGACUCCAUUACACAUGUGGAUAUUCGCCGUUCGUCUCUCGUCAAUUCCACGAUUUUACAAGGUACAUAAUUGAAUUAUUUUGUCAAACUAUGUUGGGGACCAUGACUUUCAGUUGUCAUAUGUUGUACCAUUUGUUUUAAGCUUACACGUCAUUAUUAAUUUUUUUUACAUAUAUUUAUCCCUAAUUUUUAAACAUAAUUUACUAGGAGGGGCUAAGCUGGAGAGAUUGAAAAGUUUGUAUAUAACGGAAUCGAAUCUGUAUGAAAACUUCAUUGAGACGGCUGGGAUCCUAAUGACAAAUCUCAGAUUUUUAACCAUUUCCGAUUCAUCUCUCCGUUCUACCCUAAAAGGUAUUAUAUUUAAUUGGCUAUUGUUUAUGACAUUUUUAUAGUAUUAUUCAUUCAUCCAUUUAACUUGUUUUGUCAUCUCCCGUCUAACCAACACCUAUUGGUAUGUUUUUGCUAGGUUUGUGCAACUUAAAACGUCUAAAAGAAAUAGACCUCUCAACGAAUGAUUUGAUCGGUGAUUUGCCACAGUGUUUAUCAAACCUGACUUCACUUCGAAAUUUGGAUAUCGCUGCCAAUCAGUUAUCAGGAGAUAUAUCUCAAUCUCCACUCACAAAUAUCUUUUCCUUUGAAGUCAUUCAUAUUUCUCAAAAUCUAUUCCGGAUCCCGCUCUCUCUAUCCCCAUUUUUCAACCAUUCUCGUCUUAAGGAGUUUUUGGGGGGUGGCAAUAGCGAGAUCUACGUAGACGAACAUAAAGAUGAUAUGAAAACACAAGACACUCUCCUACUGGCCGCACCACGUUUCCAGUUGACAGACUUGUCACUGUCUUCUUGGUACAAUGGAAACGUCGAUGACAGAUUUCCUAAAUUUCUCUACUAUCAACAUGACUUGGAGUCUAUUUCUAUCGAAAACAUCAUAAUGAAGGAAGCUGGAUUUUUGUGGUGGUUGUUGGCUAACAACACCAACUUAAGAUGGCUUAUUCUCUCCAACUGUUCACUUUUUGGGGCUUUCCAAUUGCCACACAAUCAGCUAUUUGGAAUAGUACCUGAACAAUUACCAAAUUGUUCUAAAUUAGAAAUACUGGAUGCUAGCAACAAUCAUCUUUCUGGUAAACUUCCAAUAUCUUUUCAGAAUUUUCCUAGGCUCCAAUUUUUAGAUCUGUCAAAUAAUAAUUUUUCUGGAAGUCUGCCAUCGGGUUUCAUUACUCCGCGGAUGACAGAAGUUUAUUUGUCGAGAAAUCAUCUGGGAGGAACUUUCACUGAAGGAGAGCAUGAGAUUUCUGGUGUUGAUAAUGACUACUCAAGUUAUCAGAUAUCGGUAUUGGAUCUGAGCCACAAUCAUCUCAGGGGUACAAUCCCGAUAUGGAUUUCUAAACUGCCUAGAUUGUCCUAUCUCUUACUGAACAACAACAAGUUGCAUGGUGAAGUUCUUGUUCCUUUUUGCUUGGAGCAGUUCAAAUUGAUUGCUAUUUCUCACAAUCAUAUUUCUGGUCACAUUUCCUCUGCAAUCAAUGCCAAUAGAAGCUGCGGUGUAAGAAGUGAUGAUGGAUUUCUUUUAGAAGGUCUAGAAUUUGUUACAAAGGCUCAGUUGCACACAUAUGGUGGAAUCCUUCUCACAUUAAUGGUUGGCUUAGAUUUCUCAGACAACAAUUUCACUGGUGAGAUCCCUCCUAAGCUCGGCGAUCAUAUGAGUGACAUAAGAGCUCUCAACUUGUCAUACAACAAGUUGACAGGAUCGAUUCCACCAUCACUUUCAAGGAUGUUUCAAAUUGAGAGUUUGGAUCUUUCUCACAACAGUUUAAGUGGUGCGAUUCCUACUCAAUUGACAGAGUUGACUUCUCUAGCAUCUUUUAGUGUGGCAUACAACAAUUUGUCCGGCAUGUGUCCUCAAAGGAUUGCACAGUUUGCUACAUUCGACGAGACUAGCUAUCAUGGAAAUCCUUUUCUCUGCUGCACCUUUCCGUCGCAGCCGUCUAAACCAAUAUUCAGUCUACCAACUUCUGGCAAUCGAGAUGAUAAUGAUGAAGAUGAUGGAGGAGAAGGUUUCAUUGACAUGGAAAGUUUCUACGCAAGCAGUGGAGUGACUUUCAUCAUGGUGUUGUUAACCAUCGCGAGUGUUCUUUGCAUAAAUCCAUACUGGCGACAAACAUGGUUUUAUUGCGUUGGUGUCGCCACAACAAAUUUCUACUAUUUUCUGGUGGACCAUCUGCCCGUGCCGGUCAAAUACAAGGUGCUGAAGCUUUAGCUGUAUUUGCGAAUGAUUUCUGCAAAUUUCAGGGGAUGUCGUCGGAGGUUGUACUCUCCUUCCUUACCAAAUAUUUUGUAAUAUUGCAACAAAAAAAUAUUUUGUAAUGCAUAUGGUACUAUUUUGUGACUUAUAUACGUAGUCUUUGGUGGCAUUGACUGAAAGUACGUAACUAUAAUAGAUAUGUCACAUAUGUACUAUUUGGUUACCUUGAUUGAACGUACAUGUAUAGUUAAUUACCUUGAUUGAAACUAGUAGCCUGCGUAACUAAAUCCGGCAAACUGGUCUCAACCCUUCCGAUGGGCCGCCAGACGUUUUUCAAGUCCAUACAAACGCCUCGUCGGGGCUGCUCCACUCCUGGCAACUCCGCUGGCAUCCUAUGCAAGUGCAGUCGUUGGGAAGCUCUGUAUGCCUCAUAAACUAAAAUCAGCGAUCAUAGAAUCGAAUUGUAAUGCGAACUCUCGAUAUCGAUUUUCCCAUAUAUCAUGGCCUCUGAAGCACAUAUUUUUUCCUAAUCUGAUCUUUACCGUUCAAAAUUCAUUAGUAUCUGUUACAUUGGGACCUAUCUAAGUAUUGACACAUGACUCAUGCGCAUGAAAUGUUCUCAUAAUUACAAAAAUAUUCUUUCAUAUUCUUAACCCCCUCCCCAACUAAAACAUUCCAUGAGGAGUUUCGCGCUACAAUUUUCAAUAAAAAUCAACAAAUCGGUCAAUCUUUUGUCGAAACAGGAAAAAAAAUAACAAGGGUAACUUUGUUCUUAUCUGCUAACGAGUCUUAAGUUAGCAGAUUAACUUUUUCGGAUGAAAUAGGAGUACGUAAUAACGUCCAUGCAUGCAUGGAGGACACCGCGCGCAUGCGCGUAUACCCAACUUAAUUCCUUAUAAUUUACCGGGCUAUAUAUAUAUAUGGUGUCUACUUCGGUGCACUCACUUUUUUUGGUGCACUGAGUAAAAGCGUCCAUAAUACAUCAAAUUUUGAAUUUUAAUUAGUACUCUCAAUAUAAUAUGAUGAUAUGACAUAGAAUCAUAACAAAUCAAUCCAUUACCAUAACCCCUUAACCUUCAAUUUUGAAUCCCAACCCAAAAUUCCAAACUGUAAACCUAAACCCUAACCCUAAAUCCCUAAAUCCUAAAUCCUUCGAAUUAAAGUAAAUUUUGAAUGAAUUUUUUUCAAAUCCAUGUGCUUCUUGUUCAUAAUAUCAUAAGCAACAAUUGAUACCGUUUUGACAUAAAUCGCAUGGUCAGAAUGACAAUUAUGAGGCGGGUGCACUCAGUGCACUGCACCCGAAAAAGUGGGUGCACCGAAUACGCCACUAUAUAUAUAUGGUGGCUUCUACGGUACCCCGGGUGAAAUUCAGGGUACCAUAUACCCUGAGUACGAAAACACUAUCUAGACCUCGAAAUAGAAAAAACUUUGGGCUUGGUACUAUACCCUAAUCCUUAUUGAUUGAACCCUAGGUCCUAAUUAUCUAAAUCAUAAACUAUAAAGCCUAAGACGGAGCAUUCAUUUUUUUGCCUAUAUUUGGACGAAUCAUAGCCGUCGAUUAUUGUUUCUAAUUAAAUUGAUAUUGGAGUAUAAGAUUUAAGGAGCUAAGACCUAGAUUUUGAUCUUUAAGGGUUAGAGUAUAAUAUCAUGUCCAAAAGAUCAAUCAAUUCAAGGUCUAGAUUGCGUUUUCAUACUCAAGGUAUGCGGUACACCGGAUUUCACUCGGGGUACCGUAGAACUCGCCAUAUAUAUAUAAUCUCACUUUUUUGUGUACACUCAGCGCACCCGCCUCAUAAUCAUCAUUCUGAGCAAGCGAUUCAUGUCAAAAUGGUAUCAAUUGUUGCUUAUGAUAUUAUGAACAAUAAGCCCAUGAAUUAAAAAAAAUGAUUUAAGAUUUA